GAGCCGAAACGGGUUUCGUCGUGACCCGUCGUGCUCCUGCCCAGUGAUCGCACUUUCUGUUGCUGCUGCUGCCUUCCGCCUCAACGAUGCAGGCCGGGCUGACAUGCGAUCUCCCUCUGGACACUCAAGCCCUGGCCGCAAAACAUCAUGUCCUCAAUCAGUUCGAUCUCCUCGCUAUACUCGUCACCAGCGACGCAUUCAUCCUUGCGCUGGGUCUCCAGUCGCUCCUCAAGCUGCCCCUCCUCUCCAAGCGACACCGCAGCAUCACCCAGCUCGUCUCCAGCUCGGGCUGGACUUCCCUUCUGGCCCAGCGUCUUGGACUCUCCGCAGAAUGGAUCAGCCAAUUUGAGCCUCGUACCUCUCUGGUGACUGUUCUGGAGGGUCUCUUGUGCUUUACCCGUCGGUUGCAGGCCCAUUCGACCUCAUUCGAUUGCUAUCAGAGGGAGCUUGGUCUGUGGUGGAGGAUUCACCAAAACAGCAUGCUUCGGCCUCGAAUCCAAACCUAUUUGGAAUCCUUCGACCUCCCGUCCGACGAAAGAUGCCAUCGCCAUCCGCUGGUCUCCGUCCAGGGAACGCCGGCUGCCGAGCUUGGUGACCAAGUUGCGCUCGGAUGUCUGGAUUCAUCGGUGAUGCUUCGGAACCCGUCGGGCUCGGUACAGCCGCUCAACAUUCACCGUCCACAGCAGCACCCCUUGUUCAGGAACGACCAGCUGAUAUCUUUACUUCCACACGAACUCCACAUCCUCGAGUCAUCUGCCUGCGGUCAUCUCAUCCUCUCCAAUCGGUCGUUUGCUACCUUGGCGGGAUGGCCCCACAGCUUGCCCUCGAUCCAUUCUCUCCAGAUUGGCAGCUCAGUCUCUGGUGACUUUAUUUGGUCUUGGGAAGCCAUGCCGCACUUGCCAAGUUUGGUGACGAUCAUGCUGUCCGCCGCAGUUGAAACGCUAGAAGGCAUGCCAAGAUUGGAUCGACUGGUCCGGUUGGAUCUCUCGCCAUGUAGUCGGCUGAAACAUCUCGACGGGCUUCCAGAGCUCCCGAACGUACAUACAAUCGUGCUUCCAGCAGCAGUUGUUUUGCUCCCAAGGCAUUUGGACCAGCUCCCGUCCCUCCGUCAACUGGAGCUGGCGCGAUGUACCAAGAUGAAGGACCUGAAAGGGCUGCUGUCGACACACUCAAAGCUCGAGACGUUGGUCUUGCCGCAAAGCCUGGAGACCCUCGAGGGCAUGCCCGAGUCGAUGGAUUGCCUCAAGAGCCUCGACCUCUCGGCCUGCUUCAGACUCAAGAGUCUGCGGGGCAUGCCUGUGAGACUGCCUCGGCUGGAGACCUUGACGCUCUCGCGGUAUCUCGAGAGCCUCGACGGCAUGUCACCGAAACUCGAGCUACUCCGCGGGCUUGCAUUGGCUCGAUGCAAGAGAGUGAAGAGCUUGAUUGGAAUGUCUCCCGAGUUGCCCAAUCUGCAGAUGCUCAGCAUUCCGGCGGUCGGCACGCUCCAGGGUUUACCAGACUCGAUGGACAGCCUCCAGAGUCUGUACAUGGCAGAAAGUACCCGGCUCAAAAGUCUGAGCGGGCUACCAAAUGUCCUGCCCCAACUCAAGCUCGCUGUGCUCCCGACAUCGCUUCGGAGUCUUGCUGGCAUGCCUGACUCGAUGGCGAGUCUGCAGCGACUGAGCCUGGUCCGGUGCAAGCACCUUGUCAAUCUGACGGGUAUGUCCAGCAAACUCCCCCGACUCGGGUCGCUCUAUCUACCUUCCUCCUUGGAGAGUUUACAUGGAUUUCCGUCGUCCAUGGAUUGCCUCAACACGCUCGAUCUGUCCAAGUGCACCAAGCUGAAAAGUCUCGUUGGACUGCCGCCAUCGAUGCCGAGUCUGGUGUCGCUCUACUUCCCACCAUCACUGGAGCGCCUGGAGGGGCUGCCGGCGGCCAUGGACGGCCUUAGAACCCUGGAUCUGUCAAAGUGUGCAGGACUGCGAACCUUGGAAGGACUGUCCGCCAGCUUAUCUCGAUUACAGAUGUUCAAGCCUCCACCACUUCUUGAUGCCCGAACGGAAUUGCCGUCUCGCCUCCAUGCAGUCGGAGGAACAAGAAUGGGCAAGAAGGACCGCAUCAGACACAGAAAGCCUGAGAACAGGAGCUCGAAAUAGAAAUAUCGCUCUGUCCCGGAUUGAUGGCAGCCAAGCCAGUUGACCAAAUGUUGCCAGAUACGAAUACAGCAUGUUCAGAACGAA